AUGGAAAAUAGAAAUAACAUCACAGAAUUUAUUCUCUUAGGACUUUCUCAGCAACGGGAAGUAGAAAUUCUCUGUUUUUUAUUAUUUUUACUUUGUUACAUUGCAAUUUUGGCAGGAAACCUGCUUAUCAUGAUUUCUAUCAUCUGCAGUGAACUCAUUAACCAGCCCAUGUAUUUCUUCCUGAGUUUCCUCUCACUCUCAGACCUUUGCUACACCACUACUGUGACACCCAAGCUAAUCGUUGACUUACUGGCAGUGAAGAAGACCAUUUCCUUCAAUUGCUGCAUGACACAGCUCUUCACCAUGCACUUCUUUGGGGGAAUUGAGAUCUUCAUUCUCACAGGGAUGGCCUAUGACCGCUAUGUGGCCAUCUGCAAGCCCCUGCACUACACAGUCAUCGUGAGCAGACAGAGGUGUGAAGCCCUGAUUGCUGCUUCCUGUGCCGGGGGUUUCCUGCAUUCCUUUGGUCAGUUUAUGCUGGCCAUCUUCUUACCCUACUGUGGCCCCAAUGAGAUUGAUCAUUACUUCUGUGAUGUCUAUCCUUUGCUGAAAUUAGCAUGCACUGAUACUAGCAGAAUUGGUGUCUUGGUGAUUGCCAAUUCUGGCUUUAUGGGUUUAGUAGUUUUUGUGGUCUUGUUGAUGUCAUAUGCUGUGAUCUUAUACACUGUCAGGUCCUACUCCACAGAGAAUCGUCGCAAAGCCCUUUCAACAUGCAGUUCCCAUGUCACUGUUGUGGUCUUAUUUUUUGCUCCCUUAUUUUUUAUUUAUAUUCGACCAGCAAGUACUUUACCGGAAGACAAAGUGUUUGCUCUUUUUUAUACUAUCAUUGCACCCAUGCUCAACCCUUUGAUAUAUACAUUAAGGAACAUGGAGAUGAAGAAUGCCAUAAAGAAACUAUGGUCCCAUAUCGGGGGAAGGGGAAGGAAUAGACUGAAAGAUAUCCCUGCUUCUCACAAGAGACCUUGUUGA